ACAUAUUCCAAUCUCACUAUCACCCUUGCUCUCCCUGGAGAUUAGCUUAUGCCAUAAAGCCGGCAAACGGGCGCCCUUAGCCCUCCGCAAGAUCUCAACCAGAAACAAAAUCCUAUAGCGAAACAAGCCCAAUGGCUCCUCCCUCCAAGACCCCGAGUCCCGCGCCCCCAGCAGCGCGGACAACAACACCCAGCGCCCGAACGUCCCUUGAGCUGACCAACAACAAGAACAACAACAGCCCGGACUUCACCGAUCCAUCCUUUGACCCUGCCGAAUACCUCAACAAUGCGCUCCCUGCCCUGACGCUGGCGUCUUCGCAGUCGACCACGACAACGAACUACCCCCGAGGGGCGGCGGCGGCAGCGACGACGAUGACAGGAAUCCCUUUGCCCGAGCUGUCUACACAAGUCCAGUCUAUUCUCUCGCAGAUCAACGCACAGAAUGUCCGGCAUUCGACGACGCUGACGCAGCUGACGGAUGAGAUCUUGCGCGGUGGGAGUAGGUUGGCUUAUGAGGUGGAGGUACUGCGCGGCGAGACCAUUGGGUUAUCGGAUACGCUUACGGAGGCGUUACGGGGGGAUAUUGCUCGGUUUGUGCCUGAGAAUGCUAUGGGUAAAGUGGAGGGGCAUGACUCUGAGGCUGUUGAUGCGGGGGACAAGGGUGAAGUGGAUGGUAAGCUCGGGAGUGAGGCACAAGCUACGAUACAGGAUCCGGAGUUCAUCGUGAAGUUACGCAUGCUGAACCAGGUGCGGGCUCGGUUGGAGGAGGUCGUGCAGACGUUCGGCGACGCGAUGGAGUGGCCGCUUCCGCCGUCGGAGACCUCGCUGGCGUCGUCGUUCAUCUCGGUCUCGGCGCCUGAGGCUGGCCCCGACAGUCACAGUCGCGAGGAGAAGGGCCAGGAGGUCGCUAAGAGGCUGCGCGCGGAGGUGACUGGGCUUCUGGAGAGCAAUGGUGGUGGAUUCGAGGGGGUAGAGGCCGCCGCGCGUCGGGUCGAGUCGCUGCGGACGUUGGCGUUGGUUUGGAAGGGGACUGCCGAGGAGAAGGCUCGCACUCGGGUUGUGGACGGCUUGGCGAAGAUUGUAGAGGAUCGUCGCAGGGCUCUGGAGAGUCAGGGCCGAGCGGACUCGUCGCAACAGCCUUCUGGCGCUUCCGCCAAAGCACAGUCGGCGGGCCAUCGCCGCCAGGAGAGCGAAGGCCCCGCCGGCGGCAUAUUCCGCAAUCUGCAGCGGCUACGAGAGGAGAUCUACCUCGAAUGAGAAGAUCGUUGUUAUCCUAUAUACACCUUCACUAAUAGUAUAGUUAUACCAGCUUAUACGAAGCUUACUAAUGAC